CGCUGCGUCUGCCCGUGUCCGACUCGAAGUGAAGUGUGUUCUAUCGUCGACGAAUUACCCGAAUUUUUGGAUAUCUCCGGCAUUUUUACUCAAAGAACUUGGAAUCAUUGAUAUCGGGAGAUCCGUCGUCGCCAACGUCUCGUCCCAUCGCAGUUGAGACUUGAGGGGACCAGCCGGUUCGGACAACUGCGCCCCCCCAACCCGAUACUCGCAACAAAACAGAUUCCAAGUCCGCCAUGUUUCGUUUCACAGAGCUCGCCUUCGUCGUCGCGAGUUGGUCGCUCGCGGCCGCCCACACCGUCAUCGUCUAUCCCGGAUGGAGAGGGAACAACAUUCACACCAACGGGACCGUGUCGGAUUCAGAUCCCAGUAUAAAGCCCGGGUCGCUGGGGAUCAACUAUGAGAAUGGAACUUAUGGAUUCCCGUAUGGAAUGCAGUGGAUGUAUCCAUGCGGCGGCAUGCCCACCUCCCAAAACCGCACCAAAUGGCCCCUAAAAGGCGGCGCCAUCUCCAUCCAACCAGGCUGGUUCCCAGGCCACUCCCUCGCCCUCUUCUACAUCAACAUGGGCUACGGCAACGAGCCCCUCAACUAUUCCCACGCCAUGUUGCCCAUGUUCCAGAUCACGGGGCCCUCGAACCAGCAAUAUAACGGCACGUUUUGCCUCCCGCAGGUGCCGCUGCCGGCGAAUUAUACGCCAAAGGUGGGGGAUAAUGCGACGAUUCAGGUUAUUGAGACGGCGCAGCAUGGGGCGGCCUUGUACAAUUGCGCAGACAUCACCUUCGCCGAACCCGAAGACGUCCCCGAAGUCAACGAAACAAACUGCUUCAACUCGACCCAGGAGGGCGAGAACAUCGGCUUCCAGCUCGUCUACACCACUACUUCCUCCCCCGCACAACGCGCCGUGCAGGUCAAUGCGUUCGUGAGCGUGGCGCUGCCGCUGAUGCUGGCGACGGCGAGUUGGGUGACGUGGUUCUAAGGAUGCUUUUUGGAGUCUCUUUUCGUGAUCUUCGAGUCUACGCAAAGCGUGGACGUUUGAAUGCGGUUCUUGUUCGCUUUGGGUAUGCACGGCGUUUCGGGUUGGGAAUCUUUUGGUCAGAUAUCCGCUUGCUGGGAAGGCAGGCACAGAGAGCAGAGUGGUUGCUUCGGGAUACGCAACAGGGUGCGUGAAAGAAGACGGAUUGGUGCGACGCAUUGCUAGGGAGGCAGCGUCGAGGCAUUUUCUCAGGGGUGAGCGGUGGAGGAGGAUCGAGUCCGGAACAGGACGGCGCAUGCGGCUGCUACAUCUAUUUCUUCCUUUCUUGUAUAUAUCCCGCGAUGGGCCGGCGCGGGGGAGGGCGUUGUGUUCGCUUCUUUGUCGGAUCUAUAGCUCGCCGCCUUUUUCCGCUCCAGGUGUAGGAUGGUGUAUGUAGAUGAGAGUAAUUGGAAAAGCUCAACCUCGAAA